GGACCAGGCCUGGUGGCCAGGAUGGAGAUGAAAGACCUUGAGUGUAGUGUCCCCGCCCCUGCUCUCUGGGCUGACAGCUAUUUCCUCCUUCAGCUCACUCCUCUCCUGCCACUUGCCUGGUGCCCAGGCUUGCUGCUUUCAGGAGCUUCCAGCCUCCCUGGCUCAACCCUGUGCUCACUCUGUGACUAGAGCAGGGCUAGUUCCCCUGAUCUCAUUCAAUCAGCACAUCCAAGCGGUCACCUCUGAGACGACAGCAGCUCUCUAGGAGGAGCUGUAGUGAGGCUGCAGGCUUCUGGUUCCUGGGUGCCAGGCUCAACCCUCCUUUCUUCCACCUCGCCAUGGCCAACAUCACAUUGAAGCCACUCUGUCCGCUCUUAGAGGAGAUGAUCCAGCUUCCAAGUCACAGCAACUCUAGCAUCCGCUAUAUUGACCACGUGUCAGUGCUGCUGCAUGGGCUGGCUGCGGUGCUGGGCCUGGUGGAGAACGGACUCAUCCUGUUUGUGGUGGGCUGUCACAUGCGUCAGACGGUGGUCACCACCUGGGUGCUGCACCUGGCGCUGUCUGACUUGCUAGCCGCUGCCUCCCUGCCCUUCUUCACCUACUUCCUGGCAGUGGGCCACUCGUGGGAGCUGGGUACCACCUUCUGCAAGUUUCACUCCUCGGUCUUCUUUCUCAACAUGUUUGCCAGCGGCUUCCUGCUCAGCGCCAUCAGCCUGGACCGCUGCCUGCAGGUGGUGCGGCCGGUGUGGGCACAGAACCACCGCACGGUGGCGGUCGCGCACAGAGUCUGCCUGAUGCUUUGGGCUCUGGCGGUGCUCAACACUGUACCCUAUUUCGUGUUCAGGGACACCAUCCCGAGGCUGGACGGCCGCAUCAUGUGCUAUUACAACAUGCUGCUCUUGAACCCGGGGCCCGACCGCGACGCCACGUGUGACUACCGCCAGAAAGCCCUGGCGGUGAGCAAGUUCUUGCUGGCUUUCGUGGUGCCUCUGGCCAUUAUCGCCUCGAGCCACGUGGCCGUGAGCCUGCAACUGCGCCACCGUGGCCGCCAGAGAACAGGCCGCUUCGUGCGCCUGGUGGCGGCCAUCGUGGUGGCCUUCGUGCUCUGCUGGGGGCCCUACCAUGUCUUCAGUUUGCUAGAGGCGCGUGCCCAUGCUAUCACCACGUUAAGGCAGCUUGUCUCACGCGGGCUGCCCUUCGUCACCAGCCUGGCUUUCUUCAAUAGCGUGGUCAAUCCGCUGCUUUAUGUGCUCACCUGUCCGGACAUGCUGCACAAACUGCGGCGCUCGCUGCGUUCAGUGUUUGAAAGCGUGCUGGUGGAGGACAGCGACUUGAGCGGUGGGUCUGGCAGCCGCCGCCGCCGUGCGUCCUCCACUACUACAACCUCCACGCUCCUGCUCUCUGGCCGCCUUCCCCGACUGCAUCCUGCCCGACUGAUUAGCUGGAUGCGGAGUAAUGGUGCAGAGCCCCAGCAGAGCGUUCCAGUGCAGGCCCAGAAGCAAGGCUCACUGAAUCCCGCCCUGAGCUCCACCUCUGAUUAGACCAGCACAGCCCAGGUGGCACGCCAACACACCCCUGGCAUCUCACCAUACACCUUUGAAAAUGUACAUAGCCAAUGCUAGGCCCAGCUCAUCUCUCUCCUGAGCAGGGCCCAGGGAACCAGUUUGUGAACUAAAAGCGGUCUUUCCUAAACACUUUAAUCUUGCAGCGUGGAGCUGGGAGAGGAUCAGCAGGGUGCAGAAGUGGCCUUUGGAGGCGAUGCACUACCUGGUUCCUGAUUGCUGACCUCCACGUUUUUUACAUUUUAAAGAAAGGAAGUACUUGAACUGCCUAGGGAUCUUGCUAGGCUAAUGGGGGAUGAGAUUUUGUACUUCUAAUGCCUCCCAGGCAGCUUGCCCAUGGACAACGGGAGUCACACAGAUUAAACUCACAGCCCGCAUCUCAUUAGGCGCUGCUUUGUGGACAAGGAGGAAACUCUGCCAUGAACAAUGGUGUAUAUGGGGUUACAGUGGCCGGAGGGUUAAGCAGUUUCUAGUCUACCACCUUCCCUUUUAUUGCCCUGUGUGUGUGUGUGUGUGGGGGGGGGGUCUUUGAGUCAGAUGCUUUUAUUACACUUCAUUGGUUGUGAUAGGUGUGUCAAUUCCAGCUCAGGGAUCUAACUGCUUAGUUUCAGAGCUAAGAGGCUACAUUCCAGCCUUCAGCAUCACAGGCUCAACUCUAUCCAGAGAGAACAUCCUCCAGCUACCCUGGGUAUCAUAGCUGCCUUAGGACAGGGCCCAGCAGCUAAAACUUCCAACCCACAGGUAGGAGGGGCACUUUGCACCAGCCACGGACCUUCCACCACACUUCAUUUAAUGUCUUGCCCACCGUGGAGGGACUGCUCAACUCAUCUCUACAUUCCAGGGGAAGGGGAGUGGAUGUCAGUAACUGGAGGAUGCGAACGGCAGAGAUGAGACAUUCGCAGGAUCUCCUGAACCACUAAAGGCCAGGCUGGUUGUCAGUUCUCAGUGCUAAGCAGGCCCUCAAACCCAUGACAGGUGCUCAAACUGGACUGUAAAAUGUCACCCACUACUCCCCCAGAGCACAUCUGUCAGACCAUGCAUUUUCAUUGUUUAUUAGAAGAAUGAAAACCCAAUGGGGCAGGGGCUUGUCUUUCUGGAAGCCCAGACUGUACUUGUGCAGACAUUAAUAAACACUUCUGUGGAAGCCCAGGUGGGCACGGCUCAAGUCCUAGGUUUCUGCAGUCCAGUGUAGGAAAGGGACCUACUACUAGACCUACCACUAGAGAGGAACCCAGUUCCCUGCAACCUCCCCAUUUACAGGGAGGGGCAGGCUUCGGUCACCAGAGGGGACAGAUGAGCACAAGUCACAAGCGAUCAAGGUUUCUGGCCUUUGGGAAAAUGGAGGAGCUGAUGACUGACAUCAGGCCUCCAGGUGAGGGCUAGACUCAGGACCCCGAGGCAGGGAGUUAGUUACCAGCUCACCAGGGAACAAUUCACAGUUCAAGAUCUUUUGUUGUUAUUGAGACAAGGCUUCUCUGUAGCCCUGGCUGUCCUAGAACUCAUUCUGUAGACCAGGUUGGCCUCAAACUCUGAGAUUUGUCUGUCUCUGCUUCUCGAGUGCCAGGAUUUAAGGCAUGUGCCACCACUGCCUAGCAACAGUUCAAGAUCUUAAGGCACUUUGGAAAAGACCUAAAAGGAGAUGGAGAGAGUUAAA